AUGAACUCUGGAUCAACACAGAAUACACGGGGGGCCAGCCGGCCGGCUCGCUCACACGGUUCUUGGGACCGCAAUGCGCCCCCUCAAGAUACACAUCGGAGUGCGGGAUAUGGAGACUAUCCUAUACAAGGCAAUCUUCCACCGUCGCAGUAUGCCCCUACGCCGAAUAUGAACUCGAACUUCGGUUAUCAGAUUCCAGCGACUAAUCAUGAGGCCUAUCAAUCUCGGGGCCACGCUCCUGCCAUGCAACAGCACCAACCACAAAUACCUUCUGGACAAGGUCAACAACAAUUUGGCGCUUUUAAUACUUUACCACAAGAUCCAAUGAGCAUGGAUCAAGCUUUCUUCCAAAUGCAACAGAAUAUGCCUUGGAUGUACCCGGGGUUUGACAGCGGGGCGCCAUUCCCACCACCAUUUCCUCUCCUCCCUUUCGAUAUGAAUGCCCCACUACCCUUCCAAACAACCCGGCCCAUGAGCACGAUGACCGGUGGCACAGGACAACGGUUCACGCCGGAUGUCCAAAGACAACGAUCGCCAACACCGCCAGUCCAAGUCCCACUUCCAACAUUACAAUACACAAAUCAAGCAUCACUGAAGCCAGAGAAGACAGAAAAGCGACCACUCCUCGUCAUCCUCGAUCUCAACGGCACUCUCAUCUACCGCAAGCUUCGCAGAUUCCCACCGAAAUUUGCCAGACGCACUGGUCUUGAUCACUUCCUAGACAUGCUAGUCAAGAACUACAAAGUCAUGAUCUGGUCCAGCUCCCAGCCCCCAACUGUAAACGCAGUCUGUGAGAAGAUCUUCCCAGGUGCCAUGCACGACGCCCUCGUCGCCCGCUGGGGACGCGACAAAUUCGGCCUUAACGCCGACCAGUACAACAAAAAGCUCCAGGUCUACAAGGAGCUACACAAGCCACCACCCAAGAACCGCAAGCAAAAGCUUCGCGAGGCUGAGGCUGCAAAGCUUCCUGCGGGCCACCGUUGGGACCAGACCAAUACCAUCCUCAUUGAUGACAGCAAGCUCAAGGCUUCGAGUGAACCGUUCAAUAUCCUCGAGAUUCCGGAGUUCGCUGAUGAUCCCAAUAUCGAUGAGACGAGGCUCUUCGCUAAGGUGCUUAAUCGCCUUGAUUAUCUCGCACAUCACGAUGACGUGAGCAAGGUUCUCCGCACCUGGAAUGAGCGUGUAGACAGGGGCGAGGGUAGUAUCCUUGAAUUGGAUAUUGGACUCGAUGAGGAUUCUGUCGAUAACGAGGACGGCGGGAUAAGUCUCCUCCCAAAGCAGUUGAAUGGCGGCUCUAGUGCACACCCCAUGCCCCUCGAUGGUACAGGGGAUGUCACUGCCCCAACAACUGCUAAGGCUAAGGCUAAGAAAAACAGAAAGGCAAAGGCCAAAGCAAAAGCGGCCGCCGCCAAUAAUCCAACCCAAAACACCAAACCCGCACUUGGCAGUACUGAACCCGUCAAAAGCCCACCAGCUACAAAGCCAACACAACCCCAGCAGAAGAUAGAAGACCGAAAGGCCGAAAGCAGAAAGUCCCGCAAAGCGCGCAAAAGAGCCAGAGAAGAAGAAAGUCUUGCUACAAAGGCCGCCGCCGAGGCGGCACACCGAAAGAAGCACGGUGUUCCUCCACCGAGUGACAAAAAUGAGACUAGCAAGCAACCAAUCGCCAGCACCGAGCCAAAAAUACCUGGUCUCGGUCUCCUUCAAGAUCAAUCUGCCAGUCUCGUUCAAGUCAAACCAACCCGGACAUCCAUUCGUCGCAAACUGAAGGCUGCAAAACAAAAGACCCAGUGCGAAGUUGAUCCUCCCACCUCUACUUCUGCUUCUGCUUCUGCUUCUGCUUCUGGCUCUGGCUCUGGUCCUGGUCCUGGUUCCAAACCAGUCUUCGAAUCCUCCUCUGCAGCUGCUCACACAGCCAAUGCUGCUCACAUCAUAAAAUCCGGAUUAUCACCUGAAUACCUUCCGCCAGACGCGGAUUUGACUGUCGGUAUGGAAUUAGAUGUCACUGCGUAUGUUCCGCCGGAUGUCGUGACCGAUUCAAGCACUAAUCAUAACCGCUCGCCGUCGCCUGUUUCAUCAGUUGGAUCGAGGAAUUCGUUGCUUGAUCGGCUUGAGGAGGGGCUUGGGAUUAGGUCUGUGAAGCGUUGA